AUGAAGUUCACAAGUUGUUGUAUUACAAUUCUCAAGUCUUUGUCUUUCAUGGUUGUGGUGAGUUUGUUUCAAAGCUAAAUUCUAGUUUAACUAGACUCUAGUUUCCUAUAGAUUACCGGAUUAAUCUUCUUCUCACUUGCCACGUGGCUCUUAUUAUUCAACGGAUAUUUUAUACCACUUUUGCAUAAAAAUCCCAAUUAUUUUUACAUGAUCUAUAUUAUUGUAUCAAUUGGGGUUUUGAAUUUUAUAACGAUUUUUCUCAUAAAUCCGAUGUUUCACAGCAGAUGCUCUCUAUUUUUUGUAAGUUUUUUAAAAUUAAUUUUACAAGCCGAUGAAGAACUAUAUUUUCAACAGUAUAUACUGCUCAUAUUGAUGUCGCUGAGCUUGGAAGUUACUUUAAUUUACACUCAUCAAAACUACAAAUUUAUGUUCGCAAAUGAGUUGUUGGAAUCAUUGAAAAUUGAUGUAUCUGAAAAAUAUUCGGUGGAUGUUGGAAUCACACCCGCAAUUGAUGAGUUGCAGCAAAAAGUGAGCUGAAACUAAGCAAAAAUUGAUAAAUUCUGUGUUUAGGGAAAGUGUUGUGGAGCAAAUGCGUUCAAUGAUUAUCCAGUGAAGAAAAAAAAAGCCAAUGAAUAUUAUGAGGUUUGUUUUUUUUAGAAAAUGAUGAAAACCAAAAGUUACUAUAGAUACAACAUUUGUUCAGGAAUACCCAAGAGUCCGUGUCCAAUACAUUCCAGAUUCUUGCUGUCGAAGUUUUUCAAAAAAUUGUGGGAUUUCCGAUAACCCAAGCAAUAUUUAUUAUAGAGUAAGUAUAUGAGUAGUCAGAGAAAAAGUAUAUUUUUUUCUUCAGGGAUGUUUGGGAUACUUGCAAGAAGAAAUACAUCACAAUUUAAAAUUCAUCUUUGUUUUAACAUCUGCCGCGAUAAUUAUCCAAUUUUUCUCACUGCUGACGUCAUUUUUAACCUGUUUUUGUUGUCGAAAAAGAAAUUCAAACUCAAGUUUGAAUUUAAAUUCGACAAAUGAAAAUCGCAGUUCGAAAGACCGUGAUCGUGAGUUGUUUUUACUUGACUAA